GAACACAACUGAACACGUCAUAUUUUGAAUUCGCAAAAAGCGCGCAAUCGCGUUAAAAGCAGUCAUCAGUUAGCACAAAAACCACAUCUUCACUGCAACACAAGUUACUGGGAUGAUUACAGGCCUUUCCUUAAAACCGAUUACUGAGGACUAAAAACAAAAGCCGCUAAUUGUAAACAGUGAAGGUCAUCGUCGCUGCGUUGACAAAUGAGUCUGCUGUGUUACCUUUUUGUAGUAUCUGCUUCUGUACUCCUUACUUUAGGAGAUGCAGAGAUGGUUGGGGCACCCAGAAAACUGCAACCAAACGAGGCGACUAUAGAAAAAUUUAAUCAUGAGUUGGUCAAGGUAGCCCAUAAAUUCAACUCCGAGCAUGGAAACAGCAGUCUUCAUAUCAUAACUAAGUUGGUAAACGUGACCUCCCAGGUGAGGUUCUGUCUUUACAAGUUACCAUUUUCACAGGUCGUUCAGGGGAUUUUAUAUACAUUUUACGUUAAGUUUUCCCCUACAUCGUGCACAACUUUUGCCAGUGACAACACUCAUGUUUUGGACGACAUUUUUCUUAAUCAGAAUUCUUGUGACGUAACUGAUGGAGAGAGUAAGAUUUGCAAGGUCACUGUAUGGCAAAGACCAUGGCUCCAAUCUGAUGCUUCUGAAAUAAUUAAAAUAGUUAAUUGUUCUACGGAUACGAUUUGAUCUGCUCUCGUUCUAUGCUAUGCCAUAGAUUCAUGCAAUGGUGGAGAUUUUAAUUUUAACAUUUGAUUAUUCGUAUACCGCAAAGUUUGCUUCAUUCACCAUGCGUGUAUUUGAUCCAUUAGUUAACUAGAUUUGAAUUUCACGGAAAUAACCUGACUUCAUACUCCUCAAUUACGGCGAUCCAUUAUUGAACCUAAUAGUCGCAUUUGAUUUUGUUUGCAGUAAUAUAUUCUAGUAAAGUAAAUAUGAUUUCAUGAGGCUAAUAUUUUUCCGGCAGUUUACUUCUAAUUUCAUAUUUGGGGACUACCGACAAACAAUCCCUAUCUCUGGCAUUUAAAAACUAUUCUUAUUAGUUUCUUUUAGCUGCUCUUAUAACUUAUUCAUACAUGGGAUUUCAUUUUAAUUUCGGUGUUAUAAUUGUUGUGCGUGUUUUAAACCGUGAAAACUUGUUAAUACUGAAUGAUAAACUUAAAACUAAAUUCUGCCGUGCUUCAUUUGUGUUCAGUUAAUAAAGGUUUUCUCAUAUUCAAAUAUUGUAAGUUGGUUUUAAUUUUGUUUGUCUUUUUAGUUCGGUAUGUAAUCGGAGCUUAUAUUUUAUUUUCAACAAAAAUAAUAGGUGUAGGAAAUCUGCGUCAUAAUCUUAGGAGACAUGUAUAUUCACUAAAUCUACUUUUACAUUCACCCUCAAAUUCAAAACUUACACAACUUUGUGUUCUUUUGAUCUUCCUGAUGUAUUGUGCAGGUUAUAUAAACGAGAUGAAAAAUGACUCAUCCCGUCUUAUACUGCUUGUCACUACUAUUCCAUAUGUUUUAAUCAAUCCUUUUAGAUUCAUUUGUACUGAACAUUUUCAAAAAUAUUAGCUUAUAAAGACCAGAGGUUUUAACUGUCGUUCAUGAUGUGGUCGUUUCAGCGUCAAACAAUCUGAAACCAAUUACAAUGUGAAUUGAAAGACAUCAAGCCCAUAACUGAAGUUAUGAAUCUAGACCAAGUGGAUUAACUGACUAGUGUGUGAUACUUGCAAAGUUACUGUUCAUCGUGAUGUAUGAUGUUUACUGAAGUAUGAUUAUAUUCGGGAAAGCCGAAGAUGACAGCGUAAAUACUCCGCAUUAUUCCGAGUCUUCAGGAAAGUAAAGUUAGUAUUAAAAGAUUACAGAUGGAAUGCUUAGAACCGACCGUAGUAGGUUGAAUGCAUUAAUUCCUCAAAUUGUAUUGAAUUUCUCGUUACUUAUCAUUUACCUUUAACUUGUUGCUUCUAUGCUACUAGACUUGUUCUGUAGUAAACUAUGAUAGCUUGAAGAGAUGUGCUCUGGUAUUUGGCUUAGUUUUCAUGUCUUCACAUUUGAACUGUCCUGUGCAGUUAGAUGUGAGAAUAAUAAGGAUUUCGAAAAAUUGUAAAGUGCAUGUCUCAGUUCGAAAGGUAAGCUUUUGAAAUCUAAGAGUUGGUUCAUUAAGGUUAUGUGUUUGUCUUUUUUUACUAAGAUUGAUGAGAUCUAUGGAAACCCAGUGGGAGUGGGAUUUAUACCAAUUUUUAUUUCUUUGUAUUCGUAAUUGGUAUUCUUAAACAUGAUAAGUAAGUUUUGGCCUUAUUAUUACCUCUAUUAUUCAGGUUAUUUCAAAUUAGGGUCAUGUUUAGUGGGUUAAAGUUUAAACUCCAUACUUGCACUUAGAAAGGGCUAUAUAACUCAGGCAUCCUCAAGUAAGACAAGAUAGUAAAGUGAAAUAUUAGAUCUUUUGAAUUUUGUAUCUGUUAAUAUACUCACCUGUUGUCGUAAAGUUAUUAAUUCUCAAUAUAUUUUGCGCUAUGAGGUUACGUUCUACUAUUCAAAGUACUUAAUAUAAUUGAUAUAUAGUAGGAUAAAUCUGAGUACGGUUGGAACCAAAUUGCUAAAGUUCUUUUACUUUAUACGUAUAACUUAUGGGAAGUUUAAAUUUCAAGAGAUACACUUUUUAGUAUCCAGAAUAGCCAAUAUCAAGGAUAGAAAUAAUGAACUGGAAAUUACCUUAUGAGAAUUUGAUGGGGUUUUAGGGUCUUUGAACAUGCAUAUUUACUCCGUAGAAAGUAUGAUCUGCGUUAUCAUACAGUGAAAUAGAUUUGAUUUCAAGUACUUGAUACAAAACUGCUCACUAGUUGCUUUCCAAAAAGAUUGAUAACAUAUGCCCUGUUUUUAAACCCUUCACGAUCAACCCACACAAAUUUGUUACAGUUCUUACAUAAAAAUAACCUGAAUGGAAACUUGAGUGAGAAAGGAUGUGGACAAAGCUCCAAAGGUUUAGUUGUUGAUUAAAUCUACGAAAGGUAAAACCAAUCGAACAUUUUAAAUGAAAACUUUUUAUCGCUAAAAAGAGUCAGACAAUAUAAUAAAUUUGCAAAAUAUGACAAAAUGCGGAUUGUCGAGAAAAUCUGAAACCAAAUAAAAAUAGUUACAUAGGUAGUAGUGUGCAAAUGUUGUAUAUCUCAGUGUCCAACAUAUCCAAAAGUUUCUAUACACGAAAUAUUAUGUCCAAAAUUAGUAUUAUGAGUAAAUGUCUCGAAAAUACAUCUAUCAGACAAAUGUUUAGGGCGCCGAUUUCAAAUAUAACAGGUUCGUCAUAAGCCUAGUAAGUGGGCAGCAAUACUAGAAAACACAGAGCGAACAGAAUCACGUGUAUUUUAUGAACCACAGUUAGUGAACAAUGUUUAUUUACACCAGUAAGUUGACAUUGUGAUCUAAACAGACUGUUGUAUCAUCAGCAAUCGACAAUCAACAACUUAAAUGAAACUAUGAGAAAUAUAAAUAGUAGGAAACAUAAUUCCAGUCUUAUUAUACCAUCUCUACAUAGUAAGGGAACUGUCCAAAAGUUAUUCUGAAGUAAUACUGAUGCGAAGUAUUUAGAAUCCUUCAUGAAAUAUUUGAUUGUCAGGUGAUUUAAUUUUUCUUCCUGCUAUAUUUUACAUUUUUAUUUCAUGCCAGCUGGAAUUCGUCUUUCCUUAUUUUGUCGCGUAGUUUCUAUUUCUGUUUAUAAUUUAACAUGUCACUUUGUGUUAAUCUGUCAGUGUGGUCAAAAAUUCUACC